ACGUGUUGAAAUCUCGCUGUGAAUUGCACAUAAGUUGCUGUUAUAAAAUUAAUUAAAUUAUAUUAAUUUUCUAGCAAUUAUUGUGGUAAAAGUACUUAUGAAAAUAAUUUAUUAUGAAUUUUGUAGAAGUGUCUGACAGUAAAAUGUCAGUGCACUUACCAAUAAUAAAUAAUAGUUUAAGUAUACAAACUAUUCGUGGAUACUUUCCAAAUGUAAGUGGGCUUACAUUUAUUAAUGAAAAUAAUCAAAAGUGUGGACUUAGCAUAGUCAAUGAUAAAUUCGAAUUGUUGCCUGGUGUAAGUAAAUAUGAAGUUCACAGUUGCAAUAUUUUAAAAGAGCAUAAUGUCAAUGACAUAAAGAGAAAAAAGAUUACUGAGAUAAUGAAAGUAAUUGAAGGAAAGUCAAGUGAUAAGCCUGCAUCAGUUAAAAACCAAGAAUACGAAGUACCGGCUAAAAAAGUUAAAAAAAUCAUAUGCGUAGGAUGGAGACACAAAGCAAAUCCGCAAGAUAACCGUUACGUACAAAUGAAAGAACCUCUGGGUGGAAUAAAAAAAAUUGAGGUGGAUAAUAGUAAAGAGUAUACUUUCGAAGAAAUAAAGGAAAUGUCAAUUUCAGCUAUGACAAAUGAAUUUAAUGAGAACACAUUAAAAAAUUCAUGCAUUAAACUAGCCACUAAUAAAAAAGAAGAAUUUGAAGAUUUUACCAAUUUAAAUGGGAAGAAGUGCAAAUUUUAGGAAUUUAUUAACCAAAAACUUAAAAUGAAAAACUCCCAACUACUAUUAUUUUUAUUGAGCACGAGUGAAGCAAAGAAAGAUAAAAACAACAAUGUAAAACCCCAACAAGUUCCUACUUCGAGAGUACAGAUGAGGUCCACCAUUUCAUCAUCAAAGAGAGGAUGUCGGUCAAAAAUUCAUUUUUCGGUUAAUCAGCAAGGGUCUUCGGUAAUAUCUUUGAAAAGCAAAGACUCAGCUGUAAAUGUACCGAAUAAAGAACCAUCGAAACCCACGAGGGUUGAAAGUCCCCUUCUGCAACCAUCAACAUGUGAAGGCGAAGAAAAUUUUUCAGUACCAACAAUUGAAGAGCACGACUUAGAGUUUACGGGAACUACAUUGGGACAAGGUGCAUUCGGAUGCGUAAAGCUAGCUUUUUGGAAUGGCUCGGAAGUCGCAGUUAAAUGCUUAAACGCUAAUGAUAAUAUAAAAUAUCUAAUUCGGGAAAUAAAAGCUAUGGACUUAGUCCGUCAUCCCAAUAUAAUCUCAAUUAUGAGUGUAUGUUUCACCGAUUUACAUACUCACAUAGUUAUGGAAUACUUUAAGAGUAUAACUCUGACAAAAUACAUCUCAAACAUCAGUACAAUCCUUGAUUAUCCUGUUAAGAAGAACAGGAAUUACUUUAUUUCCCAUCAAAUUUGUAAAGCAGUGGCCUACAUGCAUGGAUUAAAUCCGAAUAUUCUACACAAGGAUAUAAAGCCUGAUAAUAUCCUAAUAAAUCAGGAAUUAUUAGUGAAACUCUGUGAUUUAGGAUUAAGUAAAAUAGGUGAUCUUCCAUCAAGUUUAAACACAACUAUUGGUCGAAACUUCCACGGUACACCAGUGUACAUGCCACCGGAAAUAUUAAUACUUAAUGAACCAGGAACCACUCAUUCGGACGUAUGGUCUAUGGCUUGCUGUAUAGUGGAGCUGUUUUCUGAAGAAAAAAUAUGGGAAGUUUUACCAAUCUUUACUAUUCCUAACUUAAGGAGCACAAUUUUAAAGUUAAAGAAACCGAAGGCUUUAAACAAUGUACCUCUUAUUAUACGUGACCAAUUAAGUCAAUGUUUCGAACAUGAACCGUUAAAAAGGCCCAAUGCAUUGAUGUUGCUGCAAUUGUUUAGACGCCUCUACAAAGAAUCGCCGGAUAAUACUAAAUAGUAAAAGAAAGAAAAUUCAUGUAAAAAAAAUUUCAACUGUAAGUAUGAACCUUUAAUUAGUUAGUAAGUUGAUUGAAAAAUAAAUUUUAUUUUUAUAUGCUGAACUAGAAAAAUUUGGCGACAAUACCUUUAAGAAAAGUAUCUUUGUUAUGAGUAGAGUUUAUUGUUAUUUUUUUUUUAUAUUUUAUAUACCUAUGAUUAUGUAAUCUCUGAAAAAACUCUGACUGUUGCUAGAUUAUAAUUAGCCGUGAAAUACCAUGACAGAUUAUUAGAUUAAAAUUAGAUUAAAUUAAGAAAAAUGUAAAUAUAAUCUGUUCAAAUAUUGCA